AUCAUUGGCCUUGGCAGGUAGGUUGUUGAAUGGUGGGGGAGUUUUGUGGCUUCUAUUCUAUACACUCCUCCACACACACUGCUCAAUGGUUCAUAAUCCUCGUUACUUCUAAUUCUCUUAACUCUCCUCUCCUUAUCUUAUGUGCAACAAAUGCUGAGCCUUAAAAAUCCUUAGAAUUGUGGAUGAAUUGCAUGCAAUAAGAAAUACACAGAUAACUGCUGCUUCAGCUUGCCCCUUUUCUUUCACUUAACAUGUCAAAUUGCCUUUUAUCUUCAGGCCCUUUCUGUAUAGAUGACAAUGUGCUUGGAUAUUGGUUGGGAAUAUUGCCAGUCACAUUUGCUGCAGCAUAUAUUGGCAAAACCUUUAAGGGACUUUCAGAGAUUACACAUGGAUGGAAUGAAGUUUCAACAGCUCAAUGGGUAAUAUUGUUCUUGGCAUGUGGAAUAUCUGUGAUUCUUCUGGCUCUCGUCACCGAAAUUGCCAAGGCCUCUCUCUGCGAUGAACAAGCUAAAAGAAGCAGUUUAGCUCCUGAAAUGUUAAUGCUGCCUCUUAUAGCAACUAGCAAAGAAAUGGACCUCAAGUCUGUCAUAAUAAGAAUAGAUCCACUGAGAGAGGAUCUUGAAAGAAAAACUAUACUUGUUUGAUUCAUUCCAGCUAGACCUUGAGUGCAACUUGAAUACCUGAAAAUUAUAGGUUAUUAUUGUUAUAUAUGUUGUUUAAAUUGAUUGAGAAACUUUUGUUCCUCUUUUUCUUGAGGAAGAAGAG